ACUGAGCACUGAAGACUGAUUUCAGUGUGUGGGCUGUGUCACGUGUGGCAUAAAUAUAAUAACACAAAAUUGAAUCAACGGUAAUAAAUUUGUAACUUCAAAAUAUCAACCCAAUCUAACGGUGACAAUUCUCCAUUAUCUCAAAUGGCUCUCUUCACUCUCUUGACUCUCUUCACUUUUCACUUCGGACUCAGUCUCAGAGUUCAGAUUGAAUGCUCCUGUCCGUGGUCAUGGGACUCCGUCUCAGUUCUCUACUUGCCUCUCUCAAACUCUCAGUCUCAAUCCUCAAACCGAUGCUCCAAAUCCAAACCCUAGCCGCCUCCAAUGCCAUAGCUCACUCCCCUCUUCGCCUCCAAUGCCUAGCUGCUGCUGCCGCUGUCCACUCCUCUCUCCGUAGCUACCGCCGGUGUCAGUACUACUCUGUUUCUCUGAUCUUACUUUUUUGCAGACACGGAGGAGAGGAGAAAUAGUCCGUCCACUGCUGCCUCUUCACCGCCGCUCGAUCACUACCGCCUCUUUUCUGCUGCCUCUUGAAGAUUAGCCAACUUAGAUCGGUUUUAGAUUUGUUGUUCUAAUUAAAUAUGUCUUUUUCCAUGUGCUUGAUCUGUUGUUGUUGUUCUAAUUAAUUAAUUUUUUUUUUUAAAUUUUAGAUUGUGUUACCAUUACACUUGGGAGAGAGAAAUGAACUCGGUUGAGAAGGGAAAGAGUGAAGAAAAAGGAAAGGAGCUGAUUUUUGGGGUCUGCUCUCCCAAAAAUGACUUUGUACUUAAUUGUUUGUACUGGAGAUGCUCUUAUUAUUAUUUUUCUCAAUAUCUAAUUUAUGGUUUAUAUUUUAUUUUUAAUGGGUUUUGUAUAUGGUUAUAGGAUUUUUGAAUAAACUUUCAGAUGUUUCCUAAAAUAUUUCCUAUUGAGUUUUAUUUAUUUUUUAUUUUUCUCUUCCCAUAAUUUUUUCACUCUUUGCCGCUAUUUCCCAUAAUUUUUUCACUCUUUUGCCGCUACUUUCUGCUAAAAUUUCCCGCACAAAACCUGCUAUAUAUUUCUUGUUUUUUCUACACCUUUAGUUCAUCACAGAGAGGCUCGAGAACGAAACCAAGUACAAGGGUACUAGAUUUGCUCAAUCUAUUACAGCUUUUGGUGAUCCAUCAAUCAAAGUAGGUAGGCAUGGCAAGGAAAGGUAAGAGGAAAGGUAAAGGCAUUAGUGAGUCUCAAGACUCUCAACUACAAGAAACUCAGUCAACUAGGCCUUCCUUUGAUCAUAAUGAAGUUUCUGAGCAGGAGCUCUCACAAACUCUACGUCCAUCAUCUGACCCUCAAACUGAUGAAGGAGCACAUCAGGCCUCCAAUUCCCUUUUAAUAGGUACUAAUGUUGGAUCAAAAAAGAGGGGUCGAGGAAAGGCUAAAGGCAUCAAUGCUGGAGAUGGUGAAAUAGAGGUUGAGAUUUAUGAUGGCAAAAUUAUUACACCAAAAGCCACUCGAGAGAUUACCAUUCUUUUUCACCAAAAAUUUAAAGGAGCUUGGACAACUUUUACAGAAUACCCAAAUUCUGAGCUAGAGACUUUAUAUGCUCGAUACAGAGCUCAACGCUUUAAGCAUAAGCAGCCUGAUGAGGAAGUCAAGAAGGCAUUUAUAGAAUCAGUGAAACACCGCUAUUCUGAUUGGAUGUUUCGCAUUAGAAAUCCUAUUUUUCAGAAGUACGAAGCGAAAGAAGAUCGUUACAAGAAUGGUCCGUCCUUCAUUCCUACACCUUUUUGGAAAGAGAUGGUGGAUAAAUGGAUGACGGGAGAUUGGGGGGAGAAAAGUUUGAAAAAUAAGGGUAACAGAAAUAAGUCUAAAAUUUUCUCCACUACAGGUUCUGUACCAAUGGCCAAGUACAGAUAUGAAAUGUAUCUUGAGACGGGCUCUGAGCCUAGCCCCAUUGAUUGCUUUAAGAAAUUUCACACAAAGAAGGAUGGCAAAGAAUGGGCAACUGAUCAUGCUAAGACAUUAUAUGAAAAAAUGGAUGCCAUAAAGGCCAAAGCUGUUUCUGAAGGGACUAAGACAAAUGAUUAUCAGAUCUUUCGUGAAGUGGUUGGUGAACCAAGUCAUGGUCGUGUUCUUGGCAUGGGAAUAGGUAUUAAGGCUAAGGAUGUGUACGGCUCAACUUCAUCGGGUAAAGGAUGUAGCAAACGUUGCAGAGAGGAUUUUACAAAAGAAAAAGAAGAUUCGGAGGCUCGUCUUAGAGAGGAAAUGGAUUCCAAACUUGCAAAAGUUGUGGCGAAGCUUGAGGAGAAGUUUGCUCAAAAGUUGCAGUCGAUGGGCAUACUACAACAAUCUGACAUAGAUCCAGCUACCACGGAUGGUACUAGCGGAGAUGAAGAGGACAACUCAAACAAUGACAUAGAGGUUGAAAACAACUUGGAGAGUGACUCAGAGGAAGACUAAUAUAGAUCUUGUCAUAGAAUAGUUGUUUAAGCUUAAAACAAAGUUGAAUUUUAGGAUUUCUUUGUAUUUUUUAUAUUUUAAAGUUCGAAAUAAAUUUUUAUCUUUCAAUGGAUCAA